CCUCUUGAGCGAAAAUUAAAUCAGACGUUAGAGCCAUUCAGAGAUCUCUGUUGCGCUUGUUUGAGUUUCAUUGCGUUCGUAGCCUGGUUGGCUGGACGCCGUUUUUAAGAUGGGAGACAUAGCAGAGAUUCAUAUAACACCCGAGACUCCUGGAAGACCUGCUAUCCUGAACCCGUUUGAGAGCCCAAACGACUACCACCGUCUGCAUGAGCCUCUGGUGCCCAGCCCGUCGGUGUUCAAGAGCUCAUCAGCGACACCAGCCAAGUUCAAAUGGUCCAUUGAUGAAAUGGCAAAUUUACUUCCUGUGGAAAUAGACCCAGAGGACAUUCACCGCCAGGCUGUGUUUCUGAGCCAAGCCAGGGCAGAUGCUGAGAUUGAGGAAAACCGGCAGCAUGCUAUUGAACAGUUUUUCACUAAAGGUGCAAUUGUUCCCUCUCCAUGGGGACCACCAGCAGCUAAACAAUCUGUAAAAAUGCCACAUCAGAAAAGUCCUUUGUCCCCACUGGUAACAGAGGAGCUUCAGUCUUCAAAGAAAAUAAAUGCUAUCUGUCAGACGGUCCUCUCUCUACCUGUGGACUUCAAUCUUGAAAAAGUUCUGGGUGAUUACUACAGGACAGAAGAGUUAACCGAGCAGGUGCAGGAGAGCCUCAGCUCCUCUUCAUUGCGGCGGAAGCUGUUUCUUGAUGGCCAUGACAGCGGCUCUGAGUCCUCUACCCCUUCCAGCCCAGACAGAUAUUCCCAUAACGUCCCGCCCAGCAGUCGAGAGAUGAUGUCUUCUGUUAUUGUCUCUCCACUUCAGUGUGGCAUUCCAACUGGGACGCCCUUGUCUGGCCAGUUUUCAUCCAGUCCCAUCCAAGGCCAGUGUCGAGCAUACAGUCUGGGCAGUGUCGGAAGUCCCAUGUUUUCAGAGAGAUCGUCGCCUGCUUUCAAGUCUCCUAUUCUGUCGCCCAUCAGACUUCAGCAUUCUGUGACGCCUGUAUCAGGUGAGAAAUCUGAGAUGGUGCCAGGUGUUUUUUUUUUAUUUUUUUUUUAUUGUUGUAUAUAUGACUAUAUAUGUAAGUGCAGGGGUUCCAAGCACUAUUUAAUAAUAGUGGAUAGUGGUUAUAACACUCACUCAGUGUGCACUACCAGCUUAAUGGACACCCUCAGUUCAGACAGCCAGAGUAAGGACAUGCUGGACACACACACUGCUGAAGAGGGUGUACCUUUCACUAGACACACUAAACCAAAGUUGUUCAUCCUACCACACUGAGCAUGAGGGACAGAACAUGCACUUUAAACACUCUCAACCCCAAAGCUGUGGAGGAAACGCACGGCACAUUUACACAUCAAGCUGUAUGGUGCUCAUAUGAAUUCUGAAUACUGUGGUUGGUUUUACUGUCUGAGCCUUGUGAAAGUUUUUGUACGGACUAAUCUACAGUAUUAUUUAUUCUUGCUCCAAAAGUUAAAUGACUUUGGGACUGAGAAAACUUGAAUUAGAUUUAAGAUUAUGUAUAGGUUUUACUGAUUGUGAAAUGUUGCUUUCAAUUACUUGUGAUUUGUUAAAAGAGGGUGGCAGGUAUGUAACCAUUUCCUCAAGCUGUUUUUAUAGGGCCUUUUUUUUACAGUCUUAAAAUUAUUUAUGAAUUAAUCAACCACUAACAAACAUAUGGAGAUACCACAAGGUAUACAUAUUAUGGUGACGUGUGUAUCUGAAUUGUAAUAAAAUGUCUGGAUUAAAAUUGUGUCC